CUUCUUUAGCAACAGAAAACACCCAGUUGCAGACUCUCUCACACACACACACACACUCAUCACAAAACCUCGCCGGAAAACUCCAUCUCCGGCCACCAGCGUUCUCCUUCCUCCGGUAAACCCUUCAGUUCAAAACUGAAUCCCUUCAAAGACCACCGGAAUCGGUGGUUUUUAUCUUACAGUGCAUGAUGGGAUCUUGCAUAUGUCCGUUAGAAACUCCAGCAAGGUUGCUUUGGACAACAAGUUUCUUCCGUCAUAAGUUAAUGAUCUUUUAAUCCACAAACCAUCAUAGAAAUAUUUCUAUAAAAAAAAAUACCAAGUUUGGAAUUUGAAAGAAAAAAUAUAUAUAUAUAUCAUUUUUUGUUUCUGAUUCUGAAAGAUUAAUAGUAUUAAGAGAACAAAUUUAGCACAACCUUUAACGUGAAGUUUUGAAGUUUGAAGUUGAAAAAAUGGAGUCUGGUCGUCUUUACUUUGAUUCUUCUGCUUGUCGUGGGAAUAACAUGAACAUGCUGUUUCUUGGAAAUGCUGAUCUUGGUUUUCGAGGAAGGUCAAUGAUGAGCAUGGAGGAAGGCUCAAAGAGGAGACCUUUCUUUAGCUCACCUGAUGAACUGUAUGAUGAGGAGUACUACGAGGAGCAGUCACCGGAGAAGAAGCGCCGCCUCACUUCCGAGCAGGUCCAUAUGUUGGAGAAGAGCUUUGAGGAAGAGAACAAACUUGAGCCAGAGAGGAAAACCCAGUUGGCCAAGAAACUAGGAUUGCAACCUAGGCAGGUGGCUGUAUGGUUUCAGAACCGUAGGGCUAGAUGGAAGACAAAACAACUUGAAAGAGAUUAUGAUGUUCUUAAGUCUUCCUAUGAUUCCCUACUUUCAACAUAUGAUUCCAUUAAUAAGGAGAAUGAGAAACUCAAAUCUGAGGUGGUAUCCUUAAAUGAGAAGCUUCAAGUGCAAGCUAAAGAUAUGCUUGAAGAACCUUUGUCAGAAAAGAAAGCUGAUCCACUUCCAGUGGACAUAGCUCAGAUUUUCAGCAUCAAGGUGGAUGACCACAUGAGUUCUGGAAGCGUUGGAAGUGCAGUGGUGGACGAGAGUAGCCCCCGUGUCGUUGGUGUCAUUGUUGACAGUGUCGAUUCGUACUUUCCAGCUGACAACUAUGCUGGAUGUGUGGCUCCUAUUGAAAGAGUUCAAUCAGAGGAAGAUGAUGGGAGUGAUGAUGGGAGGAACUACUUUGAUGUGUUUGUUGCAUCUGAAACUGAGCAACAUAACCAUGAAGAGGGAGAGGCACUGAAUUGGUGGGUAAUAUGUAUUAUGUUGCAUAAUUAAGAAAAAGCAAAAGCAAGAACAUUGUAUAAUUAAAUGCAUCAUGUAAUUUGGGUGCUUUGGGCGGCUAGGUGUUGAAAUGUCUCUAAGCCAAGCUUAGUAAAAUAAAAAGUCCAGUAAUUUGGGCAAUGGCGUCCUUUGUUGUACUUACAAAUUUAUAAUAAACUAUUGAAGAUAAUCAUAGUUAAGUGUAU